ACUCGUCCAUGCUGCCUCUAUGCCCGCUCAACUUUGUCCUCCUUCCUGCCAUCAAAUCCAGGCACUUAUCUGGCUUCAGGUCUGCUCUUCAUCAUGGCACUUUCCAUCUACCUUACGGUUCCGAGUGGCUAGAGCCUGCUGCUGUGAGCUAUUUGCUUUCCUCUUGGUGUUCGCUCUUGCCACUGUUACUUACCUAUGCAUAAUUUGAGUCCAGUCGCCUGUGACGAAUUGGGGCCGGGUAUUGCAUGGCUGCCUUUCCAGUCCACUGCCACAUGGGCUUACCCUACUCGAACCAUGACCGGAGUCUGAUUCCCUUUAUCCUCCAUCUCUACAAGUCCUCAUCGAUAUCCUUCGUUCUAUUGCCGCUUAGCAGGAGAAAGUGUUUGGAGCCUCCUGUCCAGUUGCGAAAACCGCCGGGCAUCAUCUAUCGUGACCACUCGUCUUAGCCCUCGAUGAACGCGUUUGCCGAAGCAUACAGUCAUGGCGUUCUUUCUCCCUCCAACCUCGCAAGGUCCCCCGAAGUCACCAGAGACGCCACCCAAAACUGACAUUCUCGAUCUUAAGCCUCUGCCUCAACUCCCUUCAGCAGACUCCAACCGCGCAUCUGACAACGAGCGGAACGCAGCUCACAGAUCAUCUUCACUAGGAAAAUGGUGGAAGAGUUUACGACCGAGCCGUAGACCCGAGAAAGGUAGUACCUACAGAGAAGCGAGCUUCCAGGACGACUCAGAGAUUACGCCAACACACCUUCAUCGCCAAGCCACUGGAGGUCAUCGCACGAGAAGAGGUGGGACGACAGACUCAGGCCACAUACUGGAGUGGAAUGUGCCAACUGUCAUACAUGAUCCGCCCAAGGAUACACCACCUCCACCUCGGCGUGUAGUGUCAGCGCGCGGAGUGGCGGAUUCAUCCGAUCUGGACGAGCGAAGGUUUAGCUUCGCACCCAAGUCUCAAGUGCCCGAGCAACUUUCACUUGGGAAGCAAACUUGGCCUGACAAGAAGGUGGCUUUUCAAGAGCUGCCCCAUGAGAGCGAGCCCACCGACGAGAGCAAGAUGCAGGCCAGUUACCUCGCUGACCGUCGCCUUUCCCUGACCCGCCGCGCCAUCGAGGCCAAGAAGGAGCUGCGGCGCCAACGCAAAAACUUGAAGGAGAGUAGUGACUUUCUCGGUGUUCAAGGCUUCAACCCCAGGACAGGCACUGAGGACUCGUUGACGUCUUCAAGCACUGCCAAUAGCGAAGGUAGCGGAGACGUCACAAACGAGAAGGUGAAUGCCUUCCGGCAGGCUAAGCGCAGUAUCCUGAACAACCGCAAGGAAGCACAAGCUCAACAAAAGUCCAAGCAUGUUGCCUCCCGCCCAAACAAGGGCGUGACAUGGCGGCGACACACAAACGAAUGGUCGUCUAUACAGGAUCCAGGCGUCAGCCCGGUGACCCAGUCGCCUCGUAGCGACCCAAACGACUCUCAUAGGAUGUCACUUGAUAUCGACAAGACCGCCCAGACCUCGCCGCAACUCCCCAUCAUGAAACAAGAUUAUACCCCAAUCAAACUUCCUCCUCCGCUGCUUGAUCUGGGGUCUCCUUCUUCAGCCACUGAAACGAAAAUGAUGCCAUGCACGACAGAGCCGGAACCAACAUCUGAGGUCGGCUCUCAUUCAUCGAGCAUUCUCAUCCACAAUCGACCGCGUCGGAGCAGUGGACGUACCCUGUACGCGGGAGAGCUUUACAAGAACGACGAUGAUUUUCAUCAGCCUGAAGACUUAGUAUCCGAUUUUGGCGUUUACAGAGGCGAUCUGUCCGCCAAUACCGGCCGAGGCGGAAUCGAAGACUUUGACGAGGAGGCGAAGAUGGAGAAACCCACUGCGAGUUACUCUUUUUUAGGGACAGGGCCCGUGAGCAAAUCCAAAAUCCACCAAAGCAGCGACACGGGCUUCCUACCUCGACACCAGCCGAUGGCCGAGACGCUCCAGUUGACACAUGGUACACCGAAACGCAGUCUCAGCCUCCUCCCAGCCGAGGUGGGCUCACGCCAGCCUUGGAUGCGAGAGAAGGAGAACAUCUGGACCCUCCACUCGGACCACGGAAUCACGAACGGCACGAUGAGAGAACCCCAGUGUCAAGAGGAAAGUGUUCUGCGAAUGCCAGUUUCCACACCCACCAUCAUCACUACUGGAUCAGAACGGAAAGUGAAUGGGAUCUCUCAGAAAAGCUCGCUAAACAGAGUGACAGAGGGUCUGGAGGAGAAAGGCACGACUUGCCUACCAGCAACGCUGGCGGCAAGCUUUGCAGUAGCGCAGUCUUUGCCUGUUCUCUCGAGCCACAAAUCGAACUCGCCGCUGAGCUCAACGCCGGAGAAACCAAUGACUCGGAGCGAUACCGUGUUCGCCUCGGGAAAGAGGUAUCCGAGCAAGAGGUUCGUGAGGCGACGAAGUGUGGCGAAUGCCCCCGACCUACGUCGUGUCAGGGGUUCGGUGCUGCUCAACGGGCCUUCACUGUAA